AUGGCCGCGAUAAAGGCGAUAAACGCCAAGGCCGAGGUGGCGCGAGCCCAGGCGGCGUUGGCGGUCAAUAUCUGCGCUGCCCGAGGGCUGCAGGAUGUGCUUCGGACCAAUUUGGGUCCCAAAGGCACCAUGAAAAUGCUAGUUUCUGGUGCAGGUGACAUCAAACUCACCAAAGAUGGCAAUGUGCUGCUUCAUGAGAUGCAAAUUCAACACCCAACAGCUUCGUUGAUAGCAAAAGUAGCAACAGCCCAGGAUGACAUUACAGGAGAUGGUACUACUUCAAAUGUGCUCAUUAUUGGGGAGUUACUAAAACAAGCUGAUCUUUACAUUUCUGAGGGCCUGCACCCUAGAAUAAUAGCUGAAGGAUUUGAAGCUGCAAAGAAAAAAGCACUUGAAGUUUUGGAUGAAAUUAAAAUAAAAAAAGAGAUGAAAAGAGACAUCCUUUUAGAUGUGGCUAGAACAUCUCUACAAACUAAAGUUCAUGCCAAACUGGCUGAUGUGUUAACAGAGGCUGUGGUGGAUUCUGUUUUGGCUGUUAGAAGACCGGGUUAUCCUAUUGAUCUCUUCAUGGUAGAAAUCAUGGAGAUGAAGCACAAAUCAGAAACAGAUACAAAGUUGAUAAGGGGAUUAGUUUUGGAUCAUGGUGCCCGUCAUCCAGAAAUGAAGAAGCGAGUAGAAGAUGCAUUUAUCCUUACUUGCAAUGUAUCGCUAGAAUAUGAAAAAACAGAGGUUAGCUCUGGCUUCUUUUAUAAGACUGCAGAAGAAAAAGAGACAUUGGUAAAAGCUGAAAGAAAAUUUAUUGAUGACAGAGUACAAAAAAUAAUAGACCUGAAGGACAAAGUCUGUGCACAGUCCAACAGAGGAUUUGUUGUCGUCAAUCAAAAGGGAAUUGAUCCAUUUUCCUUAGAUAUGCUUGCAAAACAUGGUAUAGUAGCUCUUCGCAGGGCAAAAAGAAGAAAUAUGGAAAGACUCUCUCUUGCUUGUGGUGGAAUAGCUGUGAAUUCUCUUGAAGACCUUACUGUAGAUUGCUUGGGACAUGCUGGUCUUGUACAUGAAUAUACAUUAGGUGAAGAAAAAUUCACUUUUAUUGAGGACUGUGUUAACCCUCGCUCUGUCACCUUGCUGAUUAAGGGCCCAAAUAGGCACACUCUCGCACAGAUCAAGGACGCUGUAAGGGAUGGACUUCGGGCGCUCAAAAAUGCCAUUGAAGACGGUUGUGUGGUUCCAGGAGCGGGUGCAGUUGAAGUGGCAAUAGCUGAAGCUCUUACUACGUACAAGCACAGCAUAAAAGGAAGAGCUCGUCUUGGGGUCCAAGCGUUUGCUGAUGCCCUACUCAUUAUUCCUAAGGUUCUUGCUCAGAAUUCUGGUUAUGACCUGCAGGAAACACUAGUAAAAAUUCAGGCUGAGCAUUUAGAAUCAAUGCAACCUGUUGGCAUCAAUUUGAAUACAGGUGAGCCAAUGGUAGCAGCAGAUGCAGGAGUUUGGGAUAAUUAUUGCGUGAAAAAACAACUUCUUCACUCUUGCACAGUGAUUGCUGCAAACAUUCUCCUGGUUGAUGAAAUCAUGCGGGCUGGUAUGUCUUCUCUUAAAGGGUGA